AGAGCUUUUAAAGUCUCAGAGCUGUAUCCUUCGAGUCCUGCGUACCAAACUCCAACAUCACGCACAGAGAGAAGGAAGAGAGAGAGAGACUCUCCUCGAAAUCGUAGAAGAGAUUUUAAAAUCCUUCCGAUUUCUCAGUUGGGAAGGCUUUAAAUCCGUCGGUUACCCUUUAAAACCUCUCUUAACUCUCUCUCUCUCUCUCUCUCUCUCUCUCUCUCUCUCUCUCUUGUAUUUGGUUUUUGAAACAAAAGCCCCUGAUUGAUGCCGGUAUUCCAGACUCCCCAGCCGUUUCACGACCCAAAAUGAAAUGGGUCUUUGUUGUUUUCUCAAACAAGUCCAUUUAAAAAUGCCAAACACCAUCCAAAGCAGUCCCAUUUCCUUCAAAUCCCAAACUCCCUCCCUCUCUCUUUCUUUUCAUGUUAGAACAGAACAAGCAGCAGCAGCACUAGCAGAAACAGGGCCUUUGUGUUGCUUCAUCUUCUCCUUCUCCUUCUUCUUCUUCCCAUGUAUUCAAAUGGGCUGGUGGGUUUUGAUGGAGGAGAGUUCUUGAGGUGCUUUUCAGGAGAGGGGAGCAGUAAGAAGAGCCUGACUGUUAGUACUAGUGGCAUGGAGGGCGGCAGCAGCGGCGGUGGGCCCGCUGCGGGUGGAGGUGGAUCGGGUGAUGACCCUGACGUGUCCGAUCCCAGCAGAAAGAAGAAGCGAUACCAUCGGCAUACAGCUCGUCAGAUUCAAGAGCUCGAAUCUACAUUUAAGGAGUGCCCGCAUCCAGAUGAGAAGCAGCGGUUGCAGCUGAGUCGGGAUCUGGGACUCGAACCUCGGCAGAUCAAGUUCUGGUUUCAGAAUAGGAGGACCCAAAUGAAGGCGCAACAUGAACGUGCCGAUAACUGCUCACUUCGGGCGGAGAACGACAAAAUCCGAUGCGAAAACAUUGCCAUCAGAGAGGCAUUGAAAAAUGUGAUUUGCCCAUCUUGUGGGGGACCACCUGUUGGGGAAGACAUGUAUUUCGAUGAGCAGAAGUUGCGAAUUGAGAAUGCCCGGUUGAAAGAAGAGCUUGAUAGAGUAUCAAGCAUUGCUGCCAAGUACAUUGGACGGCCGAUUUCACAUCUUCCUCCGAUUCAGCCGGUAGCCGUUUCGUCUUUGGACUUGUCCAUGGGGAGUUUCAGUGGGGCAGGAAUGGGUCCUUCCCUUGAUCUUGACCUACUUCCGGGUAGUUCUUCAAUCUCGCCAAUGCCAUUGCAGAUGCCAGGCAUUUCAGAAAUGGAGAAAUCUCUUAUGGCUGAGAUUGCUGCCAAUGGAAUGGAUGAACUGAUUAGGCUAUUGCAGACAGACGAACCCCUGUGGAUGAAGUCCACGAGCGAUGGGAGGGACAUUCUCAAUCUAGAAAGCUAUGAGAGGAUGUUCCCAAAACCGAACUUGAAAAAUCCUGAUGUCCGAAUUGAAGCAUCAAGAGAUUCAGGCCUCGUUAUUAUGAAUGGAUUGGCUUUGGUCGACAUGUUCAUGGAUUCGAGCAAAUGGAUAGAGCUUUUUCCGACAAUCGUUUCAAAGGCAAGGACCAUUGAAGUUCUUGCAUCUGGAAUGUCGGGAAGUCGGAGUGGUUCCUUGCAACUGAUGCACGAGGAAUUACAGGUGCUUUCGCCUCUCAUCUCCACACGAGAAUUCUACUUCAUACGUUACUGCCAACAAAUUGAGCAAGGCUUGUGGGCAAUUGUGGAUGUCUCGUUCGACAUUUCUAGAGUAAAUCAGUUCAUCUCUCCCUCUCGGUCUCGAAGGCGUCCUUCCGGCUGCUUCAUUCAGGACAUGCCCAACGGAUAUUCCAAGGUUACUUGGGUGGAACAUGUGGAAAUUGAAGAGAAGACACCAGCCCAUCGACUAUAUAGAGAGCUUAUCAACAGUGGAAUGGCUUUUGGGGCCCAGCGAUGGAUGGCUACUCUACAGAGGAUGUGUGAGAGAUUUGCAUGCCUGAUGGUGUCAAAUUCUUCUAGUAGGGAACUUGGAGGAGUGAUUCCUUCUGCAGAUGGGAGGAGAAGCAUGAUGAAGCUUUCUCAGAGGAUGAUAAACAGUUUCUGCUCAAGUAUAAGUGCUUCAAACGGCCAUAGAUGGACAACACUCUCUGGCAUGAACGAUGUUGGGGUUCGGGUCACUGUCCACAAGAGCACGGACCCUGGCCAACCCAACGGAGUUGUCCUCAGCGCAGCAAGCUCAAUAUGGCUACCUGUCUCCCCACAAGAUGUCUUCAAUUUCUUUAGAGAUGAACGGACACGAGCUCUGUGGGAUGUUCUUUCCAAUGGUAAUUCAGUUCAGGAGGUUGCCCACAUCGCAAAUGGCUCGCAUCCUGGAAACUGCAUAUCUGUCCUACGCGCCUUCAAUGCCAGCCAAAACAACAUGCUGAUCCUCCAAGAGAGCUGCACCGACUCAUCGGGCUCCCUUGUUGUCUACGCCCCCGUCGACCUGCCAGCCAUCAACAUUGCAAUGAGCGGAGAGGAUCCGUCCUACAUCCCGCUCCUCCCAUCGGGCUUCACCAUAUUGCCGGACGGGCGGCCAGACAACAGCGGGGCAGGACCCUCAACCAGCUCCAACCUACAGGGCAACAUGCCCCGCUCGUCAGGAUCACUUAUCACCGUUGCAUUCCAGAUCUUAGUAAGCAGCCUACCGUCGGCGAAGCUCAACCUGGAGUCGGUAACGACGGUAAAUAACCUUAUCAGCACCACUGUCCAGCAAAUAAAGUCAGCCUUGAAUUGCACCUGAGCAAAAGCAUUCUCACUCUCCUUAACUACACAUAUCAGAGCUCUUGUGGUGGUUGCAUUGAAGGAGAGGGUGAGGUUGGUUGGAUGGACGGAUGGAUGGCCUUGAAUGCAUUCAUCAAGAGCUGUAGCUGCUCUUACUGCCCAUUUCAUGACACCUAGAGAUGUUUACAGGACAACCCAUUUCCUCAUUUUACUAAGAAGUCAUUAAAGAGGGAGUCAAGAACGCACCAUAGCGGUUCCUUGCUGUAGUAAACUUUCAUUUCUUUUCUUCUUUUUUUUCUCUAUUUUUCUUCUCAUCUGCUCACCACCACAGCAAAAUGGUCAGCAAGGGUAAUGGUUCGGGUAUUGACUUCUGUUCAAAUUGACUUUUGUUGGUUUUGUUUUGUUUCUACCCAUUGUCUGUGUUUCUACUACAGUGAAGUUUCGUUGUAGUUGUUGUUUGUAUCCUUUUGUUAUGGUAGUUUCAGAGAUUUCUUUUUUGUUAUUAUUUUUUAAAACCUUCUGCUUGGCGCGUAUGUUUUGUUAUUAAUGCCACAAUUAUUUUUUUCA